AUGAACGUGUCCCCUGCGUGCAGUCUCGCGAAGCAACGGCGUGCGGAGGUCGAGGCCGACGUGGCAGACCUGACAGAGAUAUGCGGGGACAUGGAGAAAGAGCUGGAACUGCUGGAGGCGCAGCACUCGCAGCUGCUAGCUGCCGCUGGUCGCUUGCAGACAUACGAGCAGCAACACCACACCCAACUCUCCAUGCUCCAAGCUCACCACGGCAGGUGUGUGUGUAUGUUGUGUACUAUGUGUGUGGGUGGGCUGGGUGUGUAUUGGGCCUUGACUACAUCCCCAGCAACAAAUAUAGAGCACAUUCAAGCCAUCCUUGCAUUCCCUGUACUCGAGCUCCCCUUUGUCGUGUCUGCUGUGAACAGCCUGUGUCAACAGAAGCAAGAGCUUCAAGCUCAGGUAUUGAGGCAGCGUGGGGACAUUGUGACGACGCUGAAAGGGUUCAUCGAGUCGUUGGGAGGCGUUGAUGCCACUGUGAAGGAAAACACAAAAGGCGCGGACGAGCCUGUUCCCAAGGACUCGAUUCCGGGCCUCUUUGGCUCCCUUUCCGCCUUGCUGCGAGAGGCCGAGGCGAUCGGCAGGAACGAAGGCGUUGGCAAAGCUGAAGCUGCCGCCGACACGAAGGCAACGGUGGCCUCGCCUGGGUCGUCGACCCUUCCUUUGCAGAUGGAGACAGGGGAGAAUGUGUCGUCAAUGCCGAGCAGCACGCCUGAGCAAGUGGAGAGCACAAGCAGUGCGGACGGUGCAGCUGAGGAGGCGUCUUCCACCUUGGCUGAGGAGAAAGAGGAACAGGAGAGCGACACAGGGAAGAAGAGGCAGGCCGCAGGCGCGAACGACCAGCACGGCACCGCUGUCAGCAGUCGUCACACCUCACCCAACAGCACCGAAACACCCCAGCCUCCUCGUCCUGUUCCACCGACUGUUUUGCAAAGGCGAGAGCAACAGCAGCAGCAGCAGAAACAACAACAACAACAACAACAACAGCAGCAACAGCAACAACAACAGCAACAACAACAACAACAACAACAACAACAACAACAACAACAACAACAACAACAACAACAACAACAACAACAACAACAACAACAACAACAACAACAACAACAACAACAACAACAACAACAACAACAACAACAGCAGCAGCAGCAACAUGACGCCAUGGUCUGGAGCCCAAGCACCCCGGCCCUGCUGAAUACAGCUCCAACACCGUCUCAGCCGUUCUCCGUCGCCUCGUUUGGCCAUCACAACGACAUGGCCCGCCUUACAACAGCACCAACAGCACCACCAGCAGCAGCAACAGCAGCAAGGCGACCACCGCCAGGGGCAGGGACAUGGGACCCGUUUAUGUCAAGCAGCAGCAGUGACGGCACUGGGGGCGGGGAGUUUGAUCCGUUUGCUGCGUCGUCUGAGUUUGGCGAUGCGAGCGAUGGGGCAGACGACGCACCGCUCUUCUAGUGUGUGUGUAUGUGUGUGUGUGUGGGG